AUGGAAGCCGCUUCAGCACGAUAUGCGACCCGCGAUCGCUUCGCAUACCCGACCGAGCCAGCGUCAACACCACUUCAGCGAUAUAUCCAGAAUGCCUGCAGUCCGGAGAACUUUGAGCCAAAUCUGGCAUUAUCCCUCGAGAUCGCCGACUUGAUCAAUGCGAAGCAAGGCAGCGCUCCGCGGGAGGCAGCAGUCGCCAUAGUCGGCUAUAUCAACCACAGGAAUCCGAACGUCUCGCUACUAGCACUUUCACUCCUUGACAUAUGUGUGAAGAACUGCGGAUAUCCCUUCCAGCUGCAGAUCAGCACCAAGGAGUUCCUCAACGAGCUAGUCCGACGCUUCCCAGAACGACCGCCCAUACGGUUGACGAGGGUGCAGCAGAAGAUCUUGGAGCUGAUCCAAGAAUGGAGGCAGACGAUAUGCGAGACAUCAAAGUACAAGGAGGAUCUGGGCUUCAUCAGGGAUAUGCACAGGCUGCUGCAUUACAAAGGGUACCAGUUCCCACAAGUAAGGAGAGAAGAUGCCGCUGUUCUUAAUCCCAGUGACAACCUGCGAAGCGCCGAGGAGAUGGAAAAGGAGGAACGAGCAGCACAGUCAGCGAAGUUGCAAGAGCUGAUCCGACGAGGUACACCGCAUGACCUGCAGGAAGCGAACAAGCUUAUGAAGGUUAUGGCUGGAUACGACACACGGCAUAAGACCGACUACCGAGCAAAGGCUGCGGAGGAAGUAGGCAGGAUCCAGCAAAAGGCAAGGCUGCUAGAAGAGAUGAUGCAAGAUGUCAAGCCUGGCGAUGAGAUCAAGGAUGGUGAUGUCUUUGAGGAACUAGCCAACUCUCUCGCAUCAGCACAUCCCAAGAUCCAAAGGAUGUGUGAAGAAGAGUCGGACGAUCACGAAGCCGUUGCCAAGCUGCUCAGCAUUAACGAUUCGAUACACAGGACGAUGGAGCGGUACAAGCUCAUGAAGAAGGGUGAUGUUGCUGGAGCGAAUGCUAUCCAGGCAGGAACGCUGGGAAUCAGUGGAGCUGGCGUGAAGCAGGGUGAAGGAGGCGAGCUGUCUUUGAUCGACUUUGGUGGACCAGAAGAUAGUGCUGCGCCAGCAGAAGCACCCGCACAAUCGAGUAGUUCUGCGCCGGCGCCUCCACCAAAAGCUGGCAAUGCAUUAGAAGAUGAUCUUCUCGGCCUGAACAUGGGCGAUGGCAACUUUGGCUCCGGUGGCGGGAUCUCGCUUGGUGGAUCGUCAAAUGGCAACGUGGACAUCAUGGCACAAUUCUCACAGCCAUCGCAACCCGCAAACUCGAUCUUCAACACUCAGCCGAGGGCAUCACCUGCAAUGCCACAGCCAUCGAGCGCCAGUCUUUUGGGUUCUGGAUUCCAGGCACCGACCAAGCCAGCAUCGCCAUUACCCUCGUCUCUUCAGCAGCAAGCUCAACAUCCGACAAAGAAGUCGGAUCCUUUCGCAGCUCUUGCGACGCCACCCCGGCAGUCUUCGCCCUUCCAACAUACACCAUCUAGAUCACCUGCGCCGCCCGCAUACCAAUCUUCAUCACAGCCGGUCGAUUUGCUUGGCAUGGGCAGCAGCAAUGGCACAUCGGCGCCUGCGCCCGCUGCGGCAUCCCACGAUGACGAGUGGGAGUUCAGCUCCGCACUUCCAGAUCAACCUACCGAGAUCACUGUCACCAACAGCACCAUCAAAACUGUCUUUGCCGUAUCUCGAGCGAACGACAACGAGAUCACGAUUCACAGUCGCAUCUCAAACAAUGGGCAGCAGGCGAUCGACAAUCUGACCUUUCAGCUCGCUGUGACAAAGGGCUAUACCCUUGAACUCCAACCACAAUCAGGCCGCUCACUAUCGCCCAGACAGCAGAACGGCAUCACACAGACCAUCAGAUUACAUGGUGCGGAGCGAGGGAAAGGGACGUCCGUUAAACUGCGGUGGCGUGCGUCGUAUGUCUUCGCUGGAGCCCAGCAGGUUCAGCAUGAGCAAGGCGAGAUCAACGGGUUGGGUGUGUCGUAG